AUAUCAUUCGAACGCCGCAUACAUAGAUAGGUACUUGUUUGUAUAAAUAGGAUAUAUGUCCUGUUACUUGCAAGCUACCUCUAGCUGCCUCGCCUCCAUUGUACAAUGAGCACAACUCCCGUUGCCGCCAGUGUCCUCAGCCUCAACUACCACCACAAGCGCAGCAUGAUGCUGCUCGUCAUCAUCCUUACCGCGGUAUUGACCGGGCCAGCAGAUGAUCAUAGAGCCGCCGCGAGCCCGCCGCCGGACCCCGUGCAGUGCUCAUCCGGCGGCGGCACGGCCGACUGCACCGUGUCCAGCGCCUAUGGCGUGUUCCCGGACCGGUCGACGUGCCGCGCGGCCGCUGUAGUGUACCCUUCCUCGGAGGAUGAGCUGGUGCGCGCCGUGGCCAACGCCGCAGCGUCCAAGACCAAGAUGAAGGUGGCCACAAGGUACUCCCACAGCAUCCCGCAGCUGGCAUGCCCAGGCAGCGGCGACGGCGGGGGCCUCGUCAUCAGCACGCGGAGACUCGACCGUGUCGUGUCCGUGGACGCCGUCAGGGGGCAGAUGACGGUGGAGAGCGGCAUCACGCUGCGGGAGCUCAUCGCCGAGGCGGCUAAGGCCGGGCUCGCGCUGCCCUACGCGCCCUACUGGUGGGGGCUCACGCUGGGCGGCAUGCUCGGCACGGGCGCGCACGGCAGCUCGCUCUGGGGCAAGGGCAGCGCCGUGCACGAGUACGUCGUCGGCGUGCGCAUCGUCACGCCGGCACCUGCCACUGAGGGGUACGCCAAGGUGCGCGUGCUCACCACAGCCGACCCGGAGCUGGACGCCGCAAAGGUCUCCCUCGGCGUCCUCGGCGUCAUCUCUGAGGUGACGCUGGCGCUGCAACCAUUGUUCAAGCGUUCAGUGACGUUCACCGAGCAGGACGACGACGACCUGGUGGUGCAGAUUGCGAAAUUCGGGUACCAGCAUGAGUUCGCCGAUAUCGCAUGGUAUCCGGGGCACGGACGAGCGGUGUACCGCAUCGACGACCGGCUGCCGUUGAAUGCGUCCGGCGAGGGCGUCCUGGACUUCAUCGGCUUCCGCGCCACCCCGACUCUUGUGAUCCAGGCCAACCGGCUCGCCGAGGAGCUCUUUGAGCUUGCUGGCAACGGUAGCGGCAAAUGCCUGACGUCGCGGGUGACCCACGCGGCGCUCUCGUCGGCGGGGUACGGGCUGAUGCGGCGGAGCGGCGGGCUGUUCACGGGGUACCCGGUUGUGGGGCCGCAGCACCGGAUGCAAGCGUCGGGCGGGUGCGUGACGGGACCGGAGGACGCCCUGCUGACGGCGUGCCCGUGGGAUCAGCGCGUGAGGGCCUCCAGCUUCUUCCACCAGACCACCUUCAGCCUGCCCGUGAGCCGUGCCGUGGCGUUCGUCGAGGACGUGCGCCGGCUGCGGGACCUCAACCCCAAGGCGCUCUGCGGCGUCGAGCUCUACGACGGCAUACUGAUGCGGUACGUCAAAGCGUCCACGGCGCACCUGGGGAAGCCGGCGACAAGCGGGGAGUCAGGCGACAUGGUGGAUUUCGACAUGACGUACUACCGCAGCCGCGACCCCGCGCGGGCGCGGCUGUUCGAGGACGUGCUGGAGGAGAUCGAGCAGAUGGGCAUCUUCAAGUACGGCGGCCUGCCGCACUGGGGCAAGAACCGCAACCUCGCCUUUGUGGGCGCCGCGCGCAAGUACCCCAGCAUGGCGAAGUUCUUGCGUGUCAAGGACGCCUACGACCCGGACGGCCUCUUCUCCAGCGACUGGAGCGACAUGAUGCUCGGCAUUGGUGGCCGCUCGCCGACGAGGGAGGCACCCGGGUGCGCGCUGGAAGGGAUGUGCGUGUGCUCGCGGGAUGAGCAUUGCGCGCCGGGGAAGGGCUACGUCUGCCGGCCCGGCAAGGUCUACAAGGAUGCCAGGGUCUGCACCAGGGUGUAGUCCAGCGUCGUCGUAGAAUCGAUUAAGCACACUCGGGUACUUUAGGCCCAUUCGAAAGCUGAAGCAGAAUUCUCGCAGGAAUUUGGUUACUUUCUCCUCGAUUCCCAACAGAAUUGAAAUGCCUACUACGAAGUCCAGUUAUGAUCCGGAGUGCCGUAUCCUUGUCAUUGCUCCGCUAUGCCAUUCAUAAGUACGUCAUACGAAUAUAGAAUUAUAGGCAUACACUGUUGCUGUUACUCACCAGAUCGGAUAUAUACGACCCCUUCCA